CGACCAUCUGCUACGAGAACUACUUACUUUCUAAAGACCAACAAUAAUAAUAAGAGUAAUAAUCCACGCCUGUACUAUUCACCGUUCAUACCUGAGAUACCAUAUCCAUCGGAUAUACUGAGAAUUCAUGGAAGAAUAACGCACUCACUCACACAAUGGAUCCCCCAUCACCUCUCGACUCCCCGCUUAUCUCGCCCUCCAAAGCCAGACAGGCCGCUAUCCAGGCCAAAGACUGGGCAUAUAUCAAUUCAUGGCUAGCCCGACAAUACGCACCGAACCCCGUACCGCCCUUUGAACGAAAUGAAGACACACUCAAGACCCUGCUCGCACUCGCAGCCGCCAACGACACAGCAGACGAAGAAGCAGCACUGUUCCAUCGCGCGCGCGAAGAAGCUCUACAAGGAUUGAAGGCUCGUGAGAAGGCAGAGCCGCCACAGAAAAAGGAAAUCCUGGAUGAAAUAGAGGACUAUUUGGAUGAGAAGGGUGCAAAGAGUCUAGACGAUCUGGCAGAAACGACCGUCGCGCUGGGAACACUGGGCGCGGAAGACGUGCCACAUGCGAUCAUCGAGUUGACAACGGAGGAAUUCGAUGCUGCGGAGCAGGUCCGUAGAGUUGAGGAUCUUCAGAAUUACUUGGAGAAGGAGUUGGAUUCUUUAAGAAGACAGCUCGAAGAGCUCAAGACGAAUGAAGCAUACGAGACGCCGCCAGAUAUUCUUGCCCAAACUGCAGAAUGGAAUAGGGGCACGAAGAUAUUGGGCACCAAGGCAGGAGAAUAUCAGAGCAGGAUUGCCAGUCUCGAACGAACUGUGAAUGCAAGAGGUCCCACUAUCCAGCAGUUGAUGGAAGAAGAACAGUGCGUUCUCCGACUUAAAGAGACUGUCAGUACGCUCGAGGGGAGACUUAAGGCAUUCCACUAUCUUCCGCCCGACGUCGAUGGGGCUAAAUUGGAAUACAAACGGCUGGAACGCGAACUCAACCAACUCAUCCGGCGGCGAGAUCGGAUGUUUGAGGGAUUGGUCGAGGGAUAGACAGUUACUACAAACACAGCUACAGCUGUGGCAUUCCUGUUACGAAGAAAAGAAACGAG